GAUAGGUGUACAGUUGGUGGUUACCAUGGUAAUGGCUAGUGUCAUACAGAAGAUCAUACCUCACUAUUCUCUUGCUCGUUGGCUUCUCUGUAGUGGCAGUUUACGGUGGUAUCAGCAUCCCACUGAAGAAGAACUACGGAUUCUUGCAGGGAAACAAAGAGGGAGGAGCAAAAAAGAUAGAAAAUAUAAUGGUCAUAUUGAAAACAAACCCUUAACCAUUCCGAAAGACAUCGAUCUUCAUCUGGAAACAAAAUCUGUGACUGAAAGGGACACUAUCGCAUUGCAUUAUUUUCCAGAAUAUCAGUGGUUGGUGGAUUUCACUGUUGCAGCUACAGUUGUGUAUGUGGUGACGGAAGCCUAUUACAGUAUUGUGAAGCCCUCACAAGAAAUGAAUAUAAGCGUAGUGUGGUGUCUGCUUGUCUUGGCUUUUGCAGUUAAGGUACUGUUUUCGUUGACUACCCAUUAUUUCAAAGUAGAGGAUGGAGGUGAAAGAUCAGUCUGUGUCACCUUUGGUUUUUUCUUCUUUGUGAAAGCAAUGGCAAUUCUCAUUGUCACAGAAAACUAUCUAGAGUUUGGACUGGAAUCAGGAUUCUCGAAUUUCUCAGAAAGUGCUAUGCAGUUUCUUGAAAAGCAGGGUUUGGAAUCCCAGGGUCCUGUGUCUAAACUAACCUUCAAAUUGUUCCUGGCUGUUCUGUGUUCACUUAUUGGUGCUUUUUUGACAUUCCCUGGCUUGCGACUGGCUCAAAUGCAUCUGGAUGCUCUGAAUUUAGCAACAGAAAAAAUAACACAAACAUUGCUACAUAUAAACUUCUUGGCACCUUUAUUUAUGGUUCUACUGUGGGUAAAACCAAUCACUAAGGACUACAUUAUGAACCCACCUUUGGGCAAAGAGAGCGUCCCUUUAAUAUCAGAAGAUACAUUUGACACCGUGAGGUUGUGGAUUAUAAUCCUGUUGUGUGCUUUACGGUUGGCUAUGAUGCGUCAUCAUUUACAGGCCUAUCUGAAUUUAGCCCAGAAAAGUGUGGAUCAGAUGAAAAAAGAAGCUGGCAGAAUAAGUAUGGUUGAUUUACAGAAAAUGGUGGCCCGGGUAUUCUAUUAUCUUUGUGUAAUUGCACUGCAGUAUGUUGCACCAUUGGUAAUGCUCCUUCACACAACUCUGCUCUUGAAAACACUAGGUAAUUACUCUUGGGGCAUCUACCCGGAAUUGAAUUCUGACACUCCAGUAGAAAACAGUCUGCUUCCCAGUUCAGUUUAUUCUGAGUCUCCACCUGCUGAUGGAAAGAUGAAAGUAACUGUAGUACAAAUAACAAUGGCUUUGGGAAACCUAAAGAAUAUUUUCACUCCUCUCCUGUUCCGGGGACUCCUGUCUUUCCUCACCUGGUGGAUUGCUGCUUGCCUCUUUUCUACAAGCCUUUUUGGGCUUUUCUAUCACCAGUACCUGACUGUGGCGUGAACAGGUCAACUGACAAAGCAAGUGUGAGGUCAAAUACUAGAUACAAACCCAGCUACCCAAGAGGAGAUGAAGA